ACUAAACAGGAAGGUAUUUGUGAGGUUUUGAAGCUGCUUCUGACUGCAGAAAGAAGGAAAGUUUUUUGUGGAGUGGAGAAAAACUAGGAAGAAACUUUGUCGUAUGCUGCAGUCAUGUAGUGAAGGAUAGUAGUUUUAUUUAAAAUCGUGAUCAGCGUUAAAGAAUCAUCGUUUUUUAACCAACACUGUCUUAACAUCCAAAAAGUUUAAGGAAACGAGAAAAAAUAAGACCGUACACUAUCUUUACUGGAACCGCAUCGUUUUCGAUUUAAUUUCUAUCUUUGUUGUUGCUGCCUUCUUGGACCAUAUUACAAAUGGCUUCUUCUAGGAUGUACCUUACUGCGAAAUGCAUGCUAAUCUCUCAACUUCUGAUCCUGAUGACAAAAAGUAGCAGAGCCCUUGUGUGUCUGCCCUGUGAUGAAUCGAAAUGCGAGGAGCCCAAGAACUGCCCGGGCAGUGUAGUUUUGGGUAUCUGCGGUUGCUGUUCGGUUUGUGCCAAGCAGAAGAACGAGAGCUGCGGGGGAGUCUAUGGACUGUACGGGACUUGCGAUCGUGGUCUGCGGUGUGUUAUCAGACCCCUACUGAACGGUGAUUCCAUCACGGAGUAUGAAGUUGGGGUUUGUGAAGAUGAAAACUGGGAUGAUGAUCAGCUACUUGGAUUUGAGCCUUGCAAUGAGAACCUGAUAAUGGGCUGCAACAUAAUAAAUGGAAAAUGCGAGUGCGACAGCAUUCGGACCUGUAACAAUCCAUUUGAAUUUCCAAGUCAGGAAACUUGUCUGUCGGCGCUAAAGAGGAUUGAAGACGAGAAGCCUGACUGCUCAUUAGCACGCUGUGAGGUACAAUUCUCUCCACGUUGUCCGGAGGACUCGAUUUUGAUUGAGGGCUAUGCCCCACCAGGGGAGUGCUGUCCUCUGCCCAGCCGCUGUGUCUGUAACCCUGCCGGCUGCCUGCGCAAGGUCUGCCAGCCUGGAUACCUCAAUAUCCUCGUCUCCAAGGCUUCAGGGAAACCCGGCGAGUGCUGUGACCUGUACGAGUGUAAACCAGUUUUCAGUGUGGACUGCAGCACAGUGGAGUGCCCUCCUGUUCAGCAGGUAGUCUGCCCAACUGACAGCUAUGAAACCCAGGUCCGACUCACUGCGGACGGCUGCUGCACUCUGCCCACAAGGUGCGAGUGUUUGCCGGGGAUGUGUGGUUUCCCCCAGUGUGCCUCAGGAACUGUACCCCGCAUCGUCUCCCGUGGCGACAGCUCACCUGGCAAAUGUUGUGAUAUGUUUGAAUGCGUCAAUGAAACCAAGCCAGCCUGCAUCUUCCACGGUGUGGAGUACUUUGAUGGGGACAUGUUUCGCAUGGACGCCUGCCGCUUCUGCCGCUGUCAGGGUGGUGUCUCGAUCUGUUUCUCUGCACAGUGUGGGGUGCUGCACUGCGACAGAUACUAUGUGCCAGAGGGAGAGUGUUGCCCCAUCUGUGAAGAUCCCAUCUACCCUGUGUUCAACUUUGCUGGCUGUUACGUCAACGGACAGAUCUUAGCGCACGGUGACCACUGGAGAGAGGACGACUGCACUUUCUGCCAGUGUAUCAGUGGGGAUGCCCGCUGUGUGGCGGCAGCGUGUGGCCAUAGCUGCCUGCACCCCGUGGAGGUCCCGGGGGAGUGCUGUCCAGUGUGUGAAGAACCAACAUACAUCACAAUUGGGCCACCUACCUGUGAGCUGCUGGAAAACUGCACUUUGACGGAAAAGGACUGUGUCUUUGGCUUUAGACUGGACAUGAACGGCUGUCGCACCUGCCACUGCAAAACCAGAGGGGAGUUGUGCAGUGGCCUGAUAUCAGGAUGUGCUCUCGACUGCCCGUUUGGGUUCCAGACAGAUGCCCACGGCUGUGAAAUCUGCCAGUGCCGCCCACGUCCCAAGAAAUGCAAGCCUGUCAUCUGUGACAAGGACUGUCCUUUUGGAUACAUGAAGAACAAACAUGGAUGUGAUAUCUGCCGCUGCAAGAAGUGCCCAGAAGUGCCAUGUGACAAAGACUGUCCAAUGGGUUUCGAGCAAGACAACAUUGGCUGCCUUAUCUGCAAAUGCAGAGAAAUGCCCACUUCAGUUGGUCCUCCAGUCAAAACUGGUUCCUGCCUAUCUAUGGAUGGUAGGCGCCAUGACAGCGGGGAGAGUUGGCAUGAUGGUUGCAGAGAGUGUUACUGCCACAAUGGCCGGGAGAUGUGUGCCCUCAUCACUUGCCCAGUUCCUGCCUGUGACAACCCCACCAUCCGGCCUGGGCAGUGCUGCUCAUCUUGUCCAGACGACUCCAGUUCUCGGAUGCCAGAGCUGAGCGACUCGUCUGUCUGCCAUGCUCCUGGGGGAGAGUAUUUUGUGGAAGGGGAGACAUGGAACAUAGACUCCUGCACUCAGUGCACCUGCCACAGUGGAAGAGUACUUUGUGAAACCGAGGUCUGUCCGCCCCUCCUCUGCCAGAACCCUAUCAGAACACAGGACUCCUGCUGCCCACAGUGUCCAGAUGAGCCCUUCCUGCCCUUGUCACCUAGCAACGAGAGCAUGCCAGGCUACUGCAAGAAUGAGGAAGGGGACAUCUUCCUGGCGGCCGAGUCAUGGAAGCCUAAUGUUUGCACCAGCUGUGUCUGCCAGGACGGGGCAAUCAGUUGCUUCUCAGAGUCCUGCCCUCCAGUGGCUUGUGCUCGGCCUGUUCUGAGGAAAGGCCAGUGCUGCCCCUAUUGUCUUGAGGAUACUGUACCAAAGAAAGCAGUAUGCCAUUUCAAUGGGAAGACUUACGCAGAUGAGGAGAGGUGGGACAUCGAUAGCUGUACUCACUGCUACUGCUUGCAGGGUCAGACCCUUUGCUCCACUGUUAGCUGCCCUGCAUUGCCCUGUGUGGAGCCAGUAAAUGUGGAGGGGGGUUGCUGCCCUAUGUGUUCAGAGAUGUACGUGCCUGAACCCACUAACAUUCCCAUUGAGAAGACUGACCGGAGAGGAGAGGUUGAAUUUCAUGAGCCCUUUUGGCCAACAGGCAGUGAGAAUGAGAUCUUACCACAGUUCAGAGGAGAAAUGGGGAACCUCAAAAUGGAGUACACCGAAGGCAAAGGCCCGAUGCCAAGCGAGGACACCAACUUCCACUACGUCGCCUGGGUAACCCUGCCUAUAAUGAUGGCUCUGAUUACAAUAAUCGCUCUUCUCCUUAUCAAUCAGAAGAAGCAGUGGAUACCUGUGCCCUGCUACAGAACUCCUACAAAGCCUACAUGUUUGAACAACCAGCUGGUGUACGUGGACUGUAAGAAAGGCACAAUGGUCCAGAUAGACAGUCCUCAGCGGAUGCUGAGGAUGGCAGACCCAGACUCCAGAUACAGCGGCUCCUACAGCAUGCCAAAACAGAACAACCUGCAGGCAGACAACUUUUACCAGACAGUGUGAGGAACUACUGCACCAUCAGAAACAGAACACACUUGACUUACCUGUUAUCUGAAACAGACAAAAUGAAACAAAACAAAAUAAAAACACAAAAAAAAAACAUGCAUAAUUAUAAUUGCGCGCUUGUCACAUGGAUUGUAUUGGGGUUGUGGACUCAUGUGCAGCUCUGGAAUAUGACAGAUUCUGUCUCCUGCAGCGUGCCAGAAAAAUAGCAUUCCUGCUUUUCCUCUUGUGAUCUUCUGACCAAGUGUUUCAUAGAACACUGUAGCACCAAAGUUCUAUGUUACUAAAUGUGUAUUUGCUUGUAAUAUUGCUGUAGAUGAAUCAGGCCAUUAGUGUGGAAGUUGUCUUUCAGACUGGCAGAAGAACAUGGGGGAUCUCUAACCAGACGCCUGGACAUUGGCUUUUCUUGCUGCUCUGAACCUGCUUUUGACGAAGCCUAACCCACUAAAAGGACAAUCCCUAAUGGAUGAAGCAGUGUGACCUUUUAGCCUUUGCUCGGCGCAUUAUCGUAGACUGGAAUCUUCCAAGGCCACAGGCCUUGUGUAUUUGCGCAAUCUUCACAACGGAGGGUUUACGCUUAAAAUAAACACAUGCUUUUUUUUUUUUUAAUCCAUAAAACAAAAAAAUUAACAAAAAAAGGGUGGGUUGAUGUUGAACAUAUAAACUACGAUAUACUGUGUGCUGCUUAUAUUUUUCAAAUGGCCAGUUUUGACAGGACAGGUAGCAAAGGACUUGAGACCUACUAUUUUCUUUGUUUGAGCACUGGAUCCUGAUGCGAUUGUACUAGACAGAAGCCUGAUGCCUAUUUCGUCUUGGUCAGCUUCAAAUCUUAGUGAGUUUUCUGUGGGUUCUGAAGGUUGGAAGAACAAGAUAAUAUAUUUCUCUAAGAGUAAAAAGAGACUGAUUUUUCUUUUUUUUUUUAAUUAAUUUACUGGUUAUGCAGACUUAGAAGCUGCUUCGAAGCUAGGGAGCUGCUUAAUUGUAUAUUACUCAAGCACCUUUUUUUUUUUUUCUUUUGAAGCUCAUACAAAAUGGAGAUUAUGCUUCUUAUAACAUUAUCUUAUAGGAAUAUUUAUGUAAAUAUUUUAUGCUAAAACAAAAAAUAUUGUAUAUAUAUAUAUUAAAUAUAUAUAUAUAAUUUCCUAUGUUUUUUCCUGUUGAAUGUAUUUAUAACUAAGAGAGAUUUUAUCUGGAACUGAAAUAGCUGAACAGGCAUUCUAUAUCGAUGCUUGAUUACUUGUGAGUUUGCGACGAAAAAGGAAGAGCAUCUCAUUCUGCUUAGAAUUUUAUUUUGCGCCUUUAAUUUGCUGAUAGCUUGGCCACUUAAAAUGUAUUUUUUGUUUUUUUUCUAAAAUGUUAGACUCCUUCGCCUUAAAAGCUUUUGAAAGAGCACAUUGCUUACAAGGCAGCAGAAAGUGUGGCACUCAUUGAAUUGUUUGAAAAGCAUGGCUUUCUGCUAAUAAUAAUAAUAAAACACACUAACUGUUUCUGAUGUCGAAACUACUAGAAUGUCAGAAAUAAGCUUGGAAUUUGUGGUGGUUUGUCUGGGGUGUAACUUUAUUAUUAAUGUUGAUUUUGACAGCACUUUUACAUAGUAAUUACCUGUUUAUGUCAUGGCUGGGUUUUUUUUUUUUUUUUUUUUUUUUUUAAAGUGUGUAAUGAAAGAGUUGCCCUUUUUGCUAAAUGUGAAAGUAAAUUGUACUUUUGUUUUGUAGUGGAAUUUUCAAGUAUUGUUGUAAAUACUUGGGUGGAAUUUGCUGAAAAACAAACAAAUCAAUCUAAUUUAUUAUUUUAAUGACCUAAUUUAUUAAUCUGAAAAAAAAUGUUAAAUAUAUACAAGAACAAAAGAUGUUCCUAGUUGUUUGUGACAGAGAACCUGGAAAUGCUUUUGUUUCCUUAGAAAAAGGGUGGAGGGAAGGUAAAAAAAAAGUUGC